AUGCUGCUGGAGGGGCUCACGCUCCUCUUGAACCUGAAUGUAGCAAGAGCGAGGAAGCAAUUAUUAAGCUGUAGACGCUGGCAGGGAGAGAGGCCUCAGAUGGAUUUCGACUCCAAACCUCAUUCGCCUGGGCUGCUCAUUACUGAAGGCCUGGAUCCCAGGCUGAAGGUGGAUCCCAGGGCUGGGAAAAAUCAGUGUGAAUUGCUUUCUCCAGGUUAUGUCUGCAGCCAGGCCGAGGCCAGAUAUUUCAGGGGGUCUUUGAGCAUCCUGGACGAUUCAUUGCUUUGCUCAGCCAUUUAUUCAACAAUCACAGCACACUGGAUACAGAGUUGA